AUGGUCUCAACAACAGAAAACCACCCCCUUGUCCCAGAGACCAUGCAGACUCGGAAAUCCCUCAGCGACGCCGACGGCCAUCCAGCUGCUAUGCAGAGUCACAGACUCGAUGAUACAGAGAUGAAUCUGAUCGUUGAUGACGUUGCGCCCUCCUCCCAGUCCACCUGCGCUGAGCUCGCCCACGACCACGCACUGGAAGAUUUGCAUAAAAUGACAGACCAUGACUUUGCUGCCGAUGGGGGAGGUCUCGGUCAGAAACGGCCCGGUUACCGCAUCGGCUAUCUUGAUCACGGGACGCAGUGCGAGUUGGGCAGACCUGGAGAUUGA